CUUGGAAUAAUUCCGCUUCCGUUGGGAAUAGGGACUAGCCGCUGGUGAGUGACUCCAGCAGGGUCUCUCUAAUCUGCUCUUCUUCCCCAAGGCUUGGGUGCGCUGUUGUGGCACCACCGCCACCAACAACAACCAUGGCAACCUCGCCUCAGAAAUCGCCCUCCGCCCCCAAAUCUCCAACUCCCAAGUCGCCCCCUUCCCGGAAGAAAGAUGACUCCUUUUUGGGCAAACUCGGAGGGACUUUGGCCAGGAGAAAAAAAGCAAAAGAAGUGUCUGAACUACAAGAAGAAGGAAUAAAUGCCAUUAAUUUACCACUCAGUCCAAUUCCUUUUGAACUAGAUCCUGAAGAUACUAUGCUAGAGGAAAAUGAAGUCCGAACAAUGAUUGAUCCAAAUUCAAGAAGUCACCCCAAACUACAGGAGCUGAUGAAAGUGCUAAUUGACUGGAUUAAUGAUGUUUUAGUAGGAGAACGAAUCAUUGUAAAAGACCUGGCUGAAGACCUGUAUGAUGGACAAGUACUGCAAAAACUCUUUGAGAAGCUUGAGAGUGAGAAACUCAAUGUUGCUGAAGUCACGCAGUCUGAAAUAGCUCAGAAACAGAAGCUACAGACAGUACUUGAAAAGAUCAAUGAAACUCUUAAACUUCCUCCAAGGAGCAUCAAGUGGAACGUUGACUCUGUCCAUGCUAAAAGUCUUGUUGCAAUACUACACCUUUUGGUAGCAUUAUCACAGUACUUUCGAGCCCCGAUCAGACUGCCAGAUCACGUGUCUAUUCAAGUAGUUGUUGUCCAGAAGCGAGAAGGAAUUCUCCAGUCCCGACAAAUCCAAGAGGAAAUAACUGGUAACACUGAGGCAUUGUCAGGACGGCAUGAAAGGGACGCAUUUGACACACUGUUUGACCAUGCACCGGACAAACUCAAUGUUGUGAAAAAGACCCUCAUAACUUUUGUCAAUAAACACCUGAAUAAGCUGAAUUUGGAAGUUACAGAACUGGAAACCCAGUUUGCAGAUGGAGUGUACCUGGUGCUUCUGAUGGGUCUUCUUGAAGGUUAUUUUGUGCCUCUUCACAGCUUUUUCUUGACUCCUGAUAGUUUUGAACAAAAGGUACUCAAUGUAUCAUUUGCAUUUGAGCUAAUGCAAGAUGGAGGGCUGGAAAAACCAAAACCAAGGCUAGAAGAUAUUGUAAACUGUGACUUAAAGUCAACCCUGAGGGUGCUGUACAAUCUGUUCACCAAAUACAGAAACUUGGAAUGAAGAAGGCCAUUGGGAUCCCACAGGUGGCUAUUGUUGAACCAACCAAAGCACCACUCCUUUAUUUGCAGUUGUUCUUUUUCUUUUACACUACACUUUCUUCAAAUGAGAUGACAUGCUUCUUGAAAUAUUCUUGCUAUGUUUGUUUUGCACAAAAUGUUUUAAAUUAGGUCUUCCUUAAAUCAGAAAUAUUUAUAAAGUGAAACUUUGUUGGAGGAUACACAGGUUCCUUAUGAGGGACUCCUAUGUUGCUACAUUAUUCCUUUGUUUUAACUAUCUCUUAAUUUCUUGGAGAGCGAGCAAGAAAGCAUCCAGGUUAAGAGAAACAACUGAUUUCAAUAGAAAUACCAGCCUCUUCCUAUGAAUUCUGCUGCAGCAAUAACCAAGAAGAUCAUGUAUGCAGGUCCUUGCACUGCUGCUGAGAACACACCAUCUUCUUGUGCAGUCGAAGAGCUUGUAUACCUACUGUCUUUGGUGCUUGAGCAGCAGCUGCUUAUUAUAUGUAACUCAGCUAUGCCACACAAAGGACAUAAUCAGCCAAGGAAGAGAAUGGUCCAUCCUCUCAAUGUGUUUGGCUCUUCAUUAAGAUGAGCUGGAAUAGCAGCACAACUCUGUAUUUCCCCCCCCCUGUGUUAAGGUAGUUAGUGACUCUUCCCUGCCUUACCAUCAAUAGGGAGUCAUUUUAGCUAUCAAAGUGCAAAGUGCUGUUUUUAAGAUUUAGGAGCUAAGUCGGUCCAUAGAAUUACUUAAAUUGAAAUGCUUCAGUUUAAUUAAGUAGUAGAUUGAGCUGCAGGACAUUUUCUAUGUCUGUGUUUAUUAAAUAUUUAUUUCAAAGAAUGGAUCCAUUGUAUUCCUAAUGAGAUGUAAGAGUGCUAUUACAAAGAUCAUGGAGAAUAUGAGAGAGAGAGAGGCUGUGGGUGGCAAGAUGCAAACUGAGCUUAGAUCGAAAUUUGACAGAAGAAAAGCUUGUGCCAUUAUAAGGGGGCAGGUUUGUGUUCUCGUAUACAUACAUUCCUUGUAAUUUUUCACUCCUUUCAAAUUUGCAAAUCAUAAAGUUUUUAUUUAACUAAAGUGUAUUAGAAUAACACGUUAUAUAAUAUUUUCUGCAAUAGGAUACUUUUCAGUAGUUUCAGAGGCAGUGGUACGAAAUGUGUAUAUAAUUUCAGUAUUCAACUCUUUUACAAUGAGGCACGAGUGCUAGAAUAUAGGUGGGAUCAGCCCUGUAAGGGUACUGAAAUGAGCUUUGUUUACUUAAUUGAAAUGAAACAAAAACACAUAAUGGGUACAAGUAAGGCAAAUAAGGUAAGGGUUAGAGACAAGCAAAGAUAUUGUUGAAAGAAAUUUUUGUGUACCUUGGUUUCUGGAGAUUUAAAAUUAA